UUUUUAUUUUGCUCAUUUAACUCAUUUCUCUGCACUACACAACAUUACCUUGUUUCUCUCCAUCUCUCUUUUCCCCGUCUCUCUGCCUCUCCCUCUCUCUCCGUUCUCUCCCUCUCUCUCCCCUCCUCUUUUCCCUCUUGAGGCAGAUGAAAGCUGAAGACAGCGCAGGGUAAGGCAGGCACUCAGCAGCUGUGUGGGUAAGAUGUUGCCAGCUCUCAGCGCUGACAGCUGGGAAAGGGGAUGUUUCCGAUUCACCUGCCUUUCACCUGCCCGGCGCGUGAGGCUGGGUAUGCUCGGGGCUCCAACAUAUCAGAACGAGAUGGGAGUGCGGAGGGAAAGCCAGAGUUUUUAGGGCACGCCAGGAAACCCGGAUUAUUUGUGGGAUUGCGAACUGGCAUGUGCUAAAGAGAAAGUCUGCGGGUCUCACGAACCUCAAGAUGAAUUCCACGCAGCACCACGGACUGAUUCCGGGCCACCAUCCCCGAAACCUCAGCUCCGGAGCCUACCCUGCCAACAAGCCGCAGGGUGAUGAGAAGGACUCCUCCUCGGGCUGCUACGAGCAGCUGCUGAUCUCCACCGAGGUGUUCCUCACACUGGGGAUCGUCAGCCUCCUGGAGAACAUCCUGGUCAUCACUGCCAUCAUCAAGAACAAGAACCUGCACUCGCCCAUGUACUUCUUCAUCUGCAGCCUGGCGGUGGCCGACAUGCUGGUGAGCGUCUCCAACGCCUCGGAGACCAUCGUCAUGGCGUUGAUCAACGGCGGCCACCUGACCAUCGGCAGCAGCCUGAUCAAGAGCAUGGACAACGUAUUCGACUCCAUGAUCUGCAGCUCGCUGCUGGCCUCCAUCUGCAGCCUGCUGGCCAUCGCCGUGGACCGCUACAUCACCAUCUUCUACUCGCUGCGCUACCACAACAUCGUGACUGUGCGGCGCACCAUGAUGGUCAUCUCCUGCAUCUGGGCCUUCUGCACCGUCUCUGGCGUGCUCUUCAUCAUCUACUCGGAGAGCACCACCGUCCUCAUCUGCCUCAUCACCAUGUUCUUUGCCAUGCUGGCCCUCAUGGCCUCCCUGUACGUCCACAUGUUCAUGCUGGCCCGGCUGCAUGUCAAGCGCAUCGCAGCGCUGCCCGGCAACGCGCCCAUCCGGCAGCGGGCCAACAUGAAGGGCGCCAUCACCCUCACCAUCCUGCUGGGCGUCUUCGUGGUCUGCUGGGCGCCCUUCUUCCUCCACCUCAUCCUCAUGAUCUCCUGUCCCCGGAACCCCUACUGCGUCUGCUUCAUGUCCCACUUCAACAUGUACCUCAUCCUCAUCAUGUGCAACUCGGUCAUCGACCCGCUCAUCUACGCCUUCCGCAGCCAGGAGAUGCGCAAGACCUUCAAGGAGAUCUUCUGCUGCUAUGGUCUACCCGCCUGCUGUGUCUGUGAGCUGCCCAGUAAGUACUGAUCGGACCGACGGGGGGAGCGAUAGUAUCCUCGGCAACAUCAGGGGAUCUUCAAAGGUGGCAACUGUUCCCAAUCAAUCAACCAACUAACUAACCAACCAAUCAGUCGCACAACACUUUUUUGUCAUGCUGUUAUAAAUGCUCUGGCACAAAGUAUUGGACAAAGAAUGUUUCCCAGAGGGUUAAUCAACUCAGAGCCAAUCUGGCAUAUAUUAAAAAAACAUUUAAAAAAACCCAAGGUUAAUGUUUCCCUAAACCCUGGAAAAAGGGACUCGAGAAAAUUCUGGAUAAAGAGCAGUCUAGAAAAUAAAUAAAAAGCCUGUGAAUCCGAGUCCUGCCGAGCUGUCCUGCCGAGAGUGGGGAAGACUGAUUUUUGCCUCCUGCCCUGGAACGUGGUCAUAAAUGAUUGAGAAUUGUCUUCAGUUACUGUUACAUGUGUCAGGUUGCCUAAGAGCUGCGCAAACAGACUGGCAGAUGUAGAACUGGACAGUGACGUGCCCGAGGCCACGCAGUAACAUGUAAUGUACACAGCCACUGCGCAAACAACUGUUGUGGGCAGUGGGGUGGGGUAUACUGAGAGUCAAUUAAUAACAACAUAAAACAGCAUUCCAU